AUAUGCUGUAAUUAAAACUGAGGAGUGAAUUAGUUUUAUUAGGUGCAGGAUUCGAGAAACAUGUGCAGUGUCUGCUUUGAAUGUUCAAGUAGUGACUAUGGCGACCGCGAAGAGGCUUCAUGAUACUUCUGGCAGUGAAAGAGAAACAGUUGAUAGUGUCGUAGAAAGUGGCGAUGCUGAAAUCACUGAUAGGUCUAAAGAAAAUAACUACAAUUCAAUUCAGAUAGUUAAAAGUGAAAUAAAGUCCGAAGCACGCACAAACAAAUCUCCAGACAGUAUGAAAGGUUUAACCAUUCCAAAAAUAUUCCUUGUAGACGAUAACAAAAUGACAAAUGUUACACAUGUGGAUGGAAUUUGUAUGGACGAAAGACUUAAACAGAAAGUGAUUAAAGGUAAAGAUAUCAUUGAAAAGUGGCGGAUAAUUAGAGACAUACUAAUGAUCAGUCUCGCUUUCAUGGUUCAUUUCACGGCAUUCAUAGGCACAAGCCAUCUGCAAAGUUCGGUGAACGCAGCUGAAGGGCUGGGCACACGAGCCCUCAUGACAAUCUACGUGGGAUUGUCUGUGUCCGCCAUAUUUUUACCAGUCCUUCUAAUAAAAUGGCUGGGGUGCAAGUGGACUCUUGUGGUAUCGCAGGUGGCCUAUAUGCCAUAUAUUGGAGCCCAGAUGUAUGCCAAAUUUUACACCUUGAUACCAACUGCCCUGCUGGUUGGCUUAGGAGGUGGACCCCUGUGGUGUUCACAAAGUGUCUACAUCAAGAGAGUUGCUGAAACAUAUGCUGAACGUGUGGGGCUUCCACCAGCAACCAUCUUGGCUAGGUUCUUUGGCAUUUUUUUCAUGCUGUACCAAACAUCUGAAGUGUGGGGUAAUCUCAUCUCAUCAUCAGUAUUUUCAGCUGGUAAAUCUCAAGAAGACAAUAACAACAUUAAUAUCACUGAUGUGCUAGAGACUUGUGGCUAUAAUUUCUGCCCUGGUAGUGAAGCAACUGGUAAGAACCCUAAUCUUGAGAGGCCAGCCAACGAGAAAAUUUAUACAGUUGCAAGUAUCUAUCUAGCAUGCAUGGUACUUGCUUCCCUCAUCAUCAUAUUUGGAGUUACUUCGCUGAAAAGAUACAAUAAAGAAGGGACGGCAAUUGGUACAGAAGUGUCAGGAUUUCGUCUCAUGGUUGUCACUUUUAAACUGCUGAGGGAUCCCAGGCUAUUAUUGCUCAUCCCCUUGACUACGUGGAUGGGUGUUGAACAGGUGUUUCGGGGAGCUGAUUACACAUCCGGUUACGUGUCUUGCUCUUGGGGAAUAAGCAAUAUCGGCUAUGUAUUGAUUUGCUACGGAGUGACAAAUUCUGCGGCGUCCUUCUCGACUGGGUACCUGGUGAAGUUGACUGGGCGCUUGUUUAUGGUGCUGUCUGCUGCUCUCAUACAAAUCGGCAUAACGGUAACCCUCUACGUUUGGACUCCAGACCCAGCCAACAGCUCCGUAACUUUCUUCGUCAUCUCCGGUCUGUGGGGUGUCACAGAUGCCGUCUGGCUGGUACAAAUGAACGCGUUGUACGGUACCUUGUUUCCUGGCAAUGAGGCAGCGGCUUACUGCAACUUCCGGACAUGGAAGUCCAUGGGCUUCAUCGUGGCCUACGCGUACAGCCCCAGUCUCUGUGCAAAUGUCAAACUGCACAUCAUAAUCACCAUGCUUAUCUUCGGGACGAUCGGAUUCUGCAUCGUCGAAUGGUUAUCAAGAAGGCGCAGGAGGGGAAAGUAAUCGUUCUCCUCAGCGUGUCCAAAACUGUGGUAUGGUGGUGAAGUGACGGUGUCAGCUUAUGGUACAAAUGUAACUUUACUUCAAUUACACUAAACUGUCAUUAUUACAUGUUAUUAAUUAAUACAAUCCAGUAUAGUAGCCCAUAACAACUUACAAACAAUUACUUCCACAUCUCUUCCAAACUCAUGCUCUUCUCGUUUGACAGCACACAGCCUCUAUCCUUCAUUUACUUUAUUUUACCCCAAAAACAGGCAAGGCAAAAUGAAUGGAAGACACUCCGCCAUUGUAAAUCGAAAACAGUAAAGAGAACUAAUAGGAAGUCUCCAGCUCGCGGAUCACAUCAUCAAGCCUCAAGCUAUUUCAGCUGUCCAUGUAGCU